AUGCCAGUUCCCGAGACUUAUGAUCUCUACCUGCCAUAUCGCGUUCAGUACAAGUUGCUCACCUAUCUACAAGCCUCGCUGGAAACGGUUUGCUUUGGCUAUCUGAAACGUGAACACUCGCACACUUUGGAAGGGUCAGAUUCACUGCGGGAGGUGGAAUAUCCCGAAAAUUUGGAAUUGCCGCAGUACGUCAACAUCUUCAGGGAACACGUAGAGUUUGACUCUCAGGCACUCAACAAGUAUCUCGACAAGCCCGUCAAAUAUCUAUACAAUUCUCUUGUGUGGUUACGUCACUAUACCGUACACCGGAGACAAGUCAAUAUCGGCUAUCUGUAUGUAUGGGUCAACGACGCACGCUCACUCGCGAAGCUAGUAGGGGAUUCAAAGGCCGCCGAACAAUUCGAGACCACGCAAGUCAAGCUAGAGCGACUGCUCGCGGGACUGAAAAGGAGGAGAGUCAAGUAUGAGGAUAAGUUGCUGGCGAAGGUUAAGGAACUGGCGGCCAAGAGAGCUGAGUUGGAUCACUUGGAGAAAGAGGCAAUGGAGACAUAUGUCAAGGAUGUCAAGCGGUCCAAAACUCGGGCUGAGAAUAGCUUGAGUGUCAAGCUUGAAGAUCUGGUUCCAGAACCUGAGAAGGCACAAGACGUUUCUUACCAGAACCUGCGAGCGGCGGUAUCUUGA